AUGCCAUCUGCUCCUCAUUAUGAUUUCCUCAUCAAGCUACUGCUCAUAGGCGACUCUGGAGUCGGAAAGUCCUGCCUUUUGCUUCGAUUCUGCGACGACGCCUGGACGCCUUCUUUCAUUACUACCAUUGGCAUUGACUUCAAAAUUCGUACAAUCGAACUCGACGGAAAGCGGAUAAAACUCCAAAUCUGGGACACGGCUGGACAAGAACGUUUCCGGACGAUUACUACGGCAUAUUACCGAGGAGCCAUGGGUAUUCUGCUCAUAUACGACGUGACAGACGAAAAAUCGUUCAACAACAUCCGAACGUGGCAUGCGAACAUUGAACAGCACGCUUCAGAAGGUGUCAACAAGAUUCUCAUCGGCAACAAGUCUGACUGGUCGGACAAACGACAAGUUACACCAGAGCAGGGCCGUGCAUUGGCCGACGAAUUUGGUAUCAAGUUUAUGGAGACGAGCGCCAAAGUCAACGAUGGUGUAGAGGAUGCCUUCUUCACCCUCGCAAGGGAUAUCAAAACAAGGCUCAUUGAUUCGAACCCAAAUGCUGGUACUAGUGGCCAGUCCAAGUCGCAGGACAGCUCCAUCAAGGUUGGAGCCCCACCAUCAGCGAAUGCAGGGUGCUGCUAG